CACACUAAGAUGAUGUGCACAUUCAGGGUUUGCCUCUGCUGGCCUACCCUACUUUCUUUGUUCUGCAUCCCAAGACUGAGCACUGCUUUUGGAUCGAACAUAACUCUAGGACCAUCUCAAAGAUCUUCUUGCAAACCAGGUUUUUACUGUCCGGGUGAAGGUCAGGGUCCAUUUCCAUGUCCCAGAGGAACAUUUGGGCCAAGUUUUUGGGCCACGACAGUAAACAGUUGUAUCAGUUGCCCAAUACAUCACUAUGGACCUAGAGAAGGUUUGAGCAAUUGUCUUCCUUGUGGGCCCUGGUCACAGCAGCCUCUCCCUGGACAAGACAGCUGUACAUGUCUACAAGAAGGACAAGUCUUCCAGGCUAGUGACGGGCAGUGUCCAUGCACUUUGGGAUAUCGCUCCACACAAAAAGGAGAUGCCUGUGCGUUGAAGGUCUAUGAGAUCUGCAAAGAUGGGAGAGCACGUAACCAGCAUGGGGAGUGUCUAGACCACAAGCAAUGGAAGCAAUAUUGCUCCCAGCAGGUGUGUCCAUCUCCUGAGCUGUAUGAGGGCUAUGAUGGCUCCUUGGGACUGUGUGCAUGCAGAGAGCUGUCCAGGCCUGAGCCAGAGAGGGUUGAGUGCAUGGGGUGGUGCCAGGGCAUACAGAGUCCAGUUCUGCAGCUGGUUUGCACUGGAAGCCUUUACCUGCUCUACACCGAGUCUAAUCGACAGGUGAGCAUGUCGGGAAGCAUGCUGGAGACUGUUCUUAAACACUGGGAUUCCCAUGGGAGCUUGGAAUGCAAUGUACAGCACAACUUCUCCAGGCCUGUGUACACACUGCAAACAGGGGAGACAGGCUUCUUUGGUCUGAUCAGUGCAGUCCCGGUGGAGGUCCAGAGACUGAUUAUGGCACUUAGCCAAAAGACCACCAGCACCUCUGAGCUCCCAAAUACACACAGUAUUGCUGAAGAAUACAGAGGAAACAUCAAAGACAAGGAAGAAGAAUGGGGCUCUCACUGGUCUAUCAAAUCGUCAGCAUUCAGUGCAUCUGACAAACGGCCAGAAGGAGUCUUGAACCCAACAGCAUGUCUACAUCCAGGAGACAUUCUUCUCUUUACUGUGACCCAACAACAUUACCCUCAGUAUGAUGUAGACAACUUGUACAACACUAAUGCUGCCUUUGACUGGGGAGCCUUCAGAUUACUGGCGCACAGCCAGAAACAGGCAAAAUCUGCCCACACCCUGUUCUCCAUAAAUCUCAAUGAGCCUGGGGUGUAUGUGUUCAAACUCAGCAGCCACCAACACAGGCACAUGUAUGUUAGAGUAGUGCCUGCUGGGGGUGAGUGCUAUGACACUGGACCAUUCUUUCCUUCUGACCCACAUCAUUUGACUCGCAUGGGCAUCGCCCAGAGACGCCAACUGCCACUCCGCCCAGACUGGCUGAUGAUUGGUGGGCUUUUAGUAGGGGCUGUGGUAGUCCUUUGCUUGUGUGUCACAAUACUGAUUGUGUUCAGGGAAUACGGCUGGCCAGAGAAGCUGCCAGCUCAUGCUAAAUACCGUGCUCUGCAGCUCAGGUACAACAUGGAUGACUAUUCAUCGAAGGGCUCCAGGGUGGUGGCUGUGAAAAAAACACAUCGAAACCUGCUGAUGGGGUUGACAGAGAACUCAGUGCAGAGAGCUGCAUGCAGAGAAUUCCCACAGACUGUGCUCACAUUGCCCACAGCAGUGGCUCUGGUGUCAAACGACUUCUGGGAUUACGAAGAGCAAGUGGAUCUUGAAGCCUUCAGUUCAAGUACUUUCUAUGAUAUCCUGCUCAAGCACAGUGUGUCCGUCACAUCACGUCUCGGACAGCUAAGAGGAGAGGUGAAGCUGCUCUACCAGGGGGUGCUGGGGAAGUUGAAAGAGCUCCACCCAGGCUGGAGGAUGCUGGGGGGGAAAACCGAGGGUUUGGGGAGACAGGUGGAACAAGAGAUGGUCCGGAGGAGAGCAUUGGGGAAUCAGCUGGGACAGCUACUUGACAGUCAGAUUCAGAUCCUGCGUGUGGAGGCAAAAGCACAGCAGGCCAUGCAAAAGUCCUUCAGAGCGCCACUGAGGGAGUGCAUUAGACUUCUGAGGCUGCUCUCUGAGGGCCAGAUGUCACUCUGGGAUAAACACAUAAAGCAACAUGUCCUGGAGCGAGUGGCUGAGCUGGCUAAUGAGAUGACUGACAUGGUAUCAGUGGAGGGCCAGAGGCAGGGGGCGUGGGUUGUGCUUAAAGAGGGCACUGGAGCACAGCUAUUAUGCCCUGCUACUGGGUCAGCCCUCAGUAGGGAAGACAUAAUUGCUCCUGAUGGGUCUGUUAGGGCUUGUGAAGCUGUGCAUGUAGACCCUCUCACAGGCCUCAUUCAACCCAACCCUAAUGCCCAUAUGUUACUGGCUAGUGGGCACAGCAUGCCAGUGCCCUCUGAUUUCUUCCUGCACCCCCAGACUGGCAAACUACUGCCUGUGGUGGGGAAUGUGGGCUUUGAUCCUGCAACCUCUACCCUUGUCUUUACAGCCGAUGCUUGUGUAGGUGAGGUGGGAAAAUGGGAAUCACCCCUGUUGCCUUUUAUCCCCUACCCUACGUCUCGUCAUGCAAUCCACACAGCUUCCAAGCUUCGGGGACUACGUGCAGGGCAAAGGCUGGUGCUGGGGGGACCAAUGUGUGACUAUGACACUGGGGUGUUGGUCCCUAUUCUGGCAGUCACCAUCCACCCACAAACAGGACUGGUUUAUCCUUUGGGUGGUGUUCACACGUGCCCAUUCUCACGCAUGCUGCAGCCCAUUCAGAUCGGCUCUCCAAUGCUGGACCCUAGGACAGGCAACUUAGUGCUCACCACAGGGGUCAGUCUUGAUCCCCAUACAGGGGCUAUACUUCCAGUUGGGGGGCUCCUCCUGGGCGAGUCCUUCAUCGAGCCCUUGAGCGGAAGGAUGGUGCGGGUUGGUGGAGGCAGCAUGCGGGGAGGGAAGGUGGUGCCUCAUGCUGGGGGUUUUCAGGCUCUGCUAGACAGCCAGGCUCUGUGUGCUUGCUUGCAUGUGGCAGAACUCCUGCAAGGAUGCAGUGAGGAGUGGAUCUCAGGAGCAGUAGAUCCACAAGGUGACCUGGAUAGGCUUUCAGCAGCAACAUCUGAGCUGCAGCAGGCCUGGAGGAGUAGCCAGUAUUGUAUGCUGCAGCUGCUGAGCCGUCUGGAAGCCAUGCAGGAGUGGGGCCACUGUGUGUCUGAGAAUGGCGGUAGUGUGGGUGAGAUCAAGCUGCCUGGCAUUGAGCUCUCUUUGCCUGCUCUACUAGGGUUUGAGUAUCCUGACCCUGGGGGUUCGGGUUUGCAUGUUCCAGUUCUCGGUGCUCAGUUAGACUGGGUGUCAGGCUGCAUGGUGCCCCUGGCAGGAACCAUGGAGGAUGCAGAUGGUAAAGGGCUGGUUCCCAUACGUUUUGGAGCCCAGACGAUAGACUCGGUCACAGGUGUGCUGGCUUCUGUUGUGGGGGCCCAUCUGGAUGUUUGGAAGCGGUCCGUGGUCCCUGUUACUGUGUACCAGUUUCAGACAUUAGGAGAAAAUCCAGACAGUGUGAUGGUGGAAGUCCUCCAGAAGGAAAGCAGUGUUCGGGGCAAUUACUGGUGUGAGCAGACACUGAAGGAAGAGGAAAUGGUGGGAGAUUUUGACAGAGCCAUUAAAAACUAUCUCUGCACAUCUGUGCCAGAGUCUGACUGUAUAGACUGGACGGACACAGAAAGGCAGCUAAGGGAGACCGCCGCUGAGAUCCAGGAAAUCGCCCAUUGUGAAGCCCAGAGAAAAGCUCUCCAGAACUCAGAGUUAUCUCUGCUUCUACAAGCCCAUGUGUUACUUACUCUCACAGGAGGGGAUGAGGAGGAGUGGGAACAACAGUGUUACUGGAACUCUGAGCUAAAGGCUGUGCUGAACCGAGUGAGUGUGUCCAUGGAGAGACUUCGGAAGGACCAGGAACUGCAAUAUAUGGAUGGGAAAUUGAGAGAAAGGGAACUGUGGGAGCAAUUAAUGCAGAGACAAGCAGAGCUGGAUGCAGUUCUUUCUUCUCUUCACUGUGCUCGUCAGGUCUGCCAGCUGCGUGCUGACACCGCGCAGUCUUUGGUGUCUGGCUCAUUCUGGUAUAGGGAUUUUGGUGUGCUGCAGCCCAAGGGUGUCAACAACCCUCUGAAAGUUCUAGCCAUGACUCAGCAAAAAAUGCUUCCUCGGCUUGAACGACUCAUUCAGCUCUUGGAGGAAAGCAAAGCACCUGGCCAGUUAACUAGCACACAGCAACAGCCAAGCUCUGGGAAGCAGACAUUCGGCCGAGAGACUGUUUCCAAAGCAUGGACUGAAUCGGUGUCUGUUGUUAAAGGCGUCUCAACUCAGUCCUUCAAAGAUCAAAUGAAGGCUUCAUCUCCAAGUGAACAAAAUGCCACUGUGCCCUCUCUUCCUCUGUCAAACCCAUCGUACACACACAAAAGCCAGGAAAAAACCCAGCUGAGCCACAGCCAGGAUGUCCAGGAACCCGGGCUGCCCAUGCACAUCGGUAUCCCGAAGCUAGCAGAAGAAGACUGGUCCAGACUGGUAGCAUUAUCUCCGCUCUUCCAGCAGAUGAAGAAAGUGGAGCAGCAGCUUAGGGAUAGUGCCAGAGAUAUAGGCCUUCUCAAGAUUCAGCCCCCAGGUGCAGGCCGGUCAUUCUUGGACUUUUUAGAUGCGCAGUGGGAGUGUGAUGGAGAGCUGAUUAAAGUGAACUCUGAUACCCUCAACCCACGAGAGCUUCUUCUCUACCAGCAUGGACAGUUCCUCCUACGGCACCUGCACUCACACAAAAUGAUCCCAGCAGUAAAACUGCAACUGGCUUCCAGUCUUCCUUUCAAUGACUACCACAAUAAUGCUUUCCGCAACUCCUUCUAUUAUCAGGAGGAAGAGAGGACUCUCUUUAUUCGCAGUCAGAGGUUGCAGUCGGCGGGUGGUCUGUCUCUGCUGCUGAUGCACUGUGCUGCACACAUUUCCACCAACAAUAUGAAGACUGACUCCACUCCUGCCUUCCAGAGGGCCUUCUUCAAGGUUUUACAGGUGGGCCUAAGUGAGCUGUUCCAUGCCAGAUUGGGACAGACCUCUAGCACAGAAGAUGGGAGGCUGAAAGAUAGUUUGGGCUCUGACACAGCUCUCUAUGGUCUUCUUCUGGAGAGAGUACAGAAACCCAGUCCAGGGAUUUUCUCAGAGGAUGAGGUUCAUGAGUGUCUGCAGAAAUACAGGGAGGCUUCAGUAUUACGCCAAGUUGAGGGUCUCCUGAGAGAGUCUCAAGAGAACGUAGAGAUCAACCAUCUCGACACUGAUCUGUCACUCAAUGACGGCACAGAGAACCAAGACGCCACUCCUCCAUGAGCUGAUGCUCCAACUUUAAACAGCACUGCCUUUCUUGUCAAUGAUGAAUGAAGAUUUCAUAGGCAUUUUAUAUGCUGUGAGAGAGGCCUUAUACUCUCGGAUGAUAAUGAUCCUUGGACCAGGUUUAUUAGAUUAGUGGUUCUCAACUGGUUCUGGAUCUUACAUCAAGUGGUGACCCAAAACAGUUUCCAAAAUGGAUUAUUGUACAAAGAUUAACAAAAAAGUCCUCAAAAUCAAACAUUUAUAUUAUUAAAAUGACCAUAAACUCCAUAGCCCUAACAAUAUGCAAGUGAACCCAUAUUGAAGGUAGUUUGGUGUAUUUUGCUAUCCCAACUAUGCACAAUAGUAAUAGUAUAUGAUUAAUUGCAUUUAAUUAUUUGAAUAUAUUGAUUUUCCCCUGCUAUCUGCAACCUUAUCAGAACAGACCUGCAGCCCAAAGUUUGGAACCACUGUAUUGGAUUUUAAUGACUACAAUAAAUGAAAACACAUAUGCAGAGUAUAUAGAGAUAUAACAGCCUUCUUAUACUAUGCAUUUAGAUAAGGGUAGACAUAAUAAUGCAAAAUGCUCAGGGCAGAAUUAUAAUGCUAACAUUUAAAAUGAGAAAACAACUAUUCAAAGUAACACCACAUAAAGUGUCUCUGUUUUUUCUGUUUAAUGGUGUUUUAAAAUGAAACUUCCAAAAUCUUGUUUACCGUAUGUAUAAAAUACCCACAUAUGCCUCUCAAUGUUUUGUCUCACACUGUCUUGUUUGAUUGCACUUUAUUUUGAUUGCAUGUUUAUGUAUAUUGGUGUGUUUGUGCUAUUCAUAUUUGAUAUUGUUGCUAUUAAGUGCCUGAAAUUCCCCCUGGGAAUCAGUAAAGGAUUUUUAUCUGGUGCAACAGCGAGAAAUAGAAAAGAACAAUAAAGAAUUUUUAUCUGUUUAAGUAUGGCUGUUUUAGGAUUACAUUUAGAUUACAGCAUUCUGGAGCACCUUCAUGUGUCCUAAACCCUUAAACAUAAACUAGUGCUCUGUCUGUUUACAUUUUCUCUUUAAAAAAGUCAUUCACAUUUAUAUGUCCUUGUAUACUAGAGAAAAGUGAAAUUUUUCAAGUUAUUAUCUCUGCUGUUGAACUCUUAAUUCAGUUUACACCCAAUAUACUGUAACCCAAAUAAAAUGAGAGUUUUUAUAGUUUGGUAAAUUGUCACUUUCAGACAUGGUAAAUAGCUAAGCAGAGCAAUAAACUGAAAGGUUAACAAUUAAAUUACCACAACUUGUAAACAGUUUUGUACUAAAUAAAUAGAACAGUACUCUUAUACUUACACUGCAUAACAGGCAUUUUAUUUGUCUAGAAAUGUUUUAUUAUGUUUAAUAUAAUAACAAAUUUUGUCCCCAACAAUGAACAAUGUAAGAGACUGCAUCUUUAUUC